CGCAUUUUGCAUUUAUUUUGCCAACAUCAUUCUCAUUUUAAUUAUCAAAGCGUUCGUUGUUAGUUUUGUCCUCCAAAGAGAAUUCAAAGAAAGAAAAAAUUAUAAAUUAUUCUGCGCAGAAACAAAAAUUCGCACUUGAGACUGAAAAAAAAAAACAACUAACUCCAAAGAAAUUAGAAAAUUAACAUUCAAAUUCCACAACACACGACAAAGAAUUUUAUCAUUUAUAAUUCGUGAAGAAUUUAAGUAAAUAGAACGAAGACAAAAAAUGUUUCGUAAUAAAUUGAUUGUAAUUUGUUGCCUGCUUGUUGCUGGGGGCUCAUCUUUAAUAAAUGGCCAAGUACAGCCAAUGAUGCCAAUGGAUGCCUCUAAAAUAAUGAUUCCUGCCCUUGCUGAUAAAGAAGAAGUUGUAUCAACAACCACAAGUACAACUACAACUGUGGCACCAACAACAACAACUCCAGCUCCACCCAAACCCACAGCAGCACCAACAACAACCACAACAUCUGCACCAGACACAACAACAGUUGGACCAGUCACAACACCUUCACCAAAUCCAGUGCCAAUUCCAGAGCCACCAAUGGGCAGGUGGAACACUACUUGCAUUUUGCUUCAAAUGGCUACCCAAUUGAACUUUACCUACGCAACAGCUGAUAACAAGACUGCAAGAGCUAUUUACAAUAUCCCCGCCUCAGCUACUUUGCAUGAUGUCAAUUGCGAAUCAAACAACACUCAAGAAAUCGUCCUUAACUGGGGACCCGAAAAGGCUAUUCACUCGAUUGCCAUUUACUUCGAACGCAACAACACCAAUGUCAAUGUCCACACAAUCAUGGUCACUCUCCCAAUCGAUGCUGAAGAAUUCGUUAACCCCAAGGCAAAUCAAUCUGUCCAGCUGAUCUAUCGUGGAGACAUCUUUGAAGCUCCCUCUCACAUGUCCUACCAUUGCACUCGGCCACAGAUCUUCAAUGUGACCGAAACCAUCAACGAAACAUCUGUCAUUGGAACCAUCCGACUCUCGGAUGUCCAAAUGGAAGCUUUCCGUUCCGACAAUUCCACCUCAUUCUCAUCAGCUCGUGACUGUGAUAGCUCAGAGACCCCAGAUAUUGUUCCAAUUGCUGUGGGCAUUGCAUUAGUUGCUCUUAUUUUGAUUGUUUUGGUAUCGUACUUGUGCGCUCGUCGUCGUUCCACUGCUCGUGGUUAUAUGAGUUUUUAGAAAUAUACAAAAAUAAACAGAGACGAGAGAGAGAGAGAGUGGGAGAGAUUUAGGAGUAAUCAAAAGUAAAAAUAAAAAAAUUCGAUCAUAUUCAAUUAGAAACAGAAAAAAGAGACUAAAACAAAAGAAACAAAGUUAAAGAACAGAAAAGAUUGUAAAUAGAACACGAACUUCUUUUCAUUUUUUUUAAAUUAAUAUUAAACAAUCUGUCCUUUUAUUUUCGGAAAUUCCAAUUAUUUAAAUUUUACAAGAUCUAAGUAGUAUAACACUUUGUUUUUUAAUUUUCCCUUCAAACAUUUUUAUAAGACUAGACAAAGGAUAAAACCGAGUGUUUUUUUUAUUAGAAAAAACACACACAAAAUGUGUUAAACCCCAUUAUACGAAAAUUGGCAUAGUUAGGAAUUUAGAAAUAUUUUUUGUAUUGUGUAUUAAAAAAUAAAAAAGUAAUGUUAAAUGAAAAUUGAAAAAAAAAAUAAACAAAAAGAUGAACAAAAUGUGGAAAGGACCAAGCUGACUAGAAUGAAAAAAAUUAGAUCAUAAGAAAAAUAUGAUUCUAUGUAUUUCAGCCAAAAAUAAGACAAAAAUCAAAAAUAACACAAGUGAUUGAUUCUAUGUAAAGAAAAAACGAUAAACCAACAUUGGAUAAUGUAUUUUUUUUUCUAUUUCAAUAAUAUUAUUAAUAUUUUUUUCUUUUUCAAUAAAUAAAUUAUAAUUACAAUAAGA